AUGUCGUUCACUUUUCAACAGGAAGAGGCUAUCUUUCGUUCGGCUGAUAUGGUUUAUAUUCAAUUGUAUAUACCGUUAGAAAUCUCAAGGGAGGUGGUCUCGUUACUAGGUAAUUUGGGGAAUGUCAUGUUUAGAGACUUGAAUUCGGAUGUAUCAACGUUCCAAAGAAAUUAUAUUGGUCAAUUGAGGAAAUUCGAUGAUGCAGAGAGGUUGCUGACUUAUAUGUCGGAUGUUUCUAUGCAACAUUCUGUUGCCAUGUGGAAUUACACUUUGCACGUAGAUCAAGAAGGUGAAAGUAUUACUCCAAAACCAUUGGCACAAGUUAUUGAUAGUUUGAAUAUAAAUAGUAUCAAUGAGGUCAACGAGAUCAUAGAUGAUGUCAUUGGGUUUGAAUCCCGUUUGAAACAAUUGAACGACUCUUUGUUAGGUUUGAAAGAGAACCUGGCCACUCUCAUUGAGAAAAGACAGGUUGUUUUCCAAUGUGGGAGGUUCCUAGAGUUUAAUCAAGGUCUUCCAGGAAGGUUGUCCCGUGAGAGAAGAGACACAAGUGGUGGUCUACUGAGUUUAGAUAACGUAAGUGAAACUUUAAGUGAUGCGUUCUCAUUCGACCUAGAUGAAAAUAAUUUCAAUUAUAAUAAUAGUGAUAGCAACAACAACGAUAAUGUAAAUAUUGAUACUUUGGAUGAUCUGGAACAAGGGGCUCCGGAGGAGAAUGGCGAUUAUGCUGAGUUUCAUUUUUUCCAAAAUGGGUUUCAUAACCAAUUCAUAGUAGUCGGUGCUUUAGAGGCCAAUAAAAUCGAAGUAUUAAAUAGAAUCCUAUGGCGUUUAACAAGAGGUAAUUUAUUCUUUCAAAAUUUCCCAAUCGAGAACUCGAAUAUUAAUGCUAACGUCCCAGGUGAACCAGACGAAAAAGGAGAAAAACAUUGUUUCAUAGUGUUCACUCAUGGUGAAACUUUAUUGAAAAAAAUUAACCGUGUCAUCGAGUCUUUAAACGGUAAAAUAUACUCAAUGGAAAACUUCAGAUCACAUUCAAAAAUACAAGAAUUGAAUGACCAGAUCGAUGAAUUGACACAAAUUGUAACUGCAACAGAACAAUCUCUACAUACAGAAUUACUAGUCAUCAAUGACCAACUGCCUAUAUGGUCCGCACUAAUUAAAAGAGAAAAGUAUAUUUACGCAACUUUGAAUUUGUUUAGACCAGAAUCCCAUGCAUUACUAGCCGAAGGUUGGAUACCUUCGAAUGAAACAGAUUCAGUAUCGAACGCACUAAAAGAACAUAGCGAAUCAAUCGGUUCAGAAUAUACCCCAGUGAUAAAUAUCAUUAAAACAAAUAAAUCACCACCAACUUACCAUCGUACUAAUAAAUUCACAGGUGCUUUCCAAUCUAUUGUUGAUGCGUAUGGUAUUGCAUCUUAUCAGGAAGUCAAUCCUGGUUUAGCGACAAUUGUUACAUUUCCUUUCAUGUUCGCCAUUAUGUUCGGUGACUUAGGUCAUGGUUUUAUAUUGUUUUUGAUCUCUUUAUAUCUGAUUUUCAACGAAACUAAAUUUGAUAAAAUGCAAAGAGAUGAGAUUUUCGAUAUGGCUUAUACUGGUAGAUACGUCAUAUGUCUAAUGGGUGCAUUUUCAAUCUAUACGGGUUUGAUGUAUAAUGAUAUAUUUUCGAAACCUUUAACUCUAUUCAAAUCUGGCUGGGAAUGGCCUUCUAACUUCAAAAAGGGAGAAUUGAUUGAAGCUUCAAAAAUAGGUGUCUAUAGAUUUGGUAUUGAUUACAAUUGGCACGGGGCUGAUAAUUCACUUUUGUUUACAAACUCUUAUAAAAUGAAAUUGUCUAUUUUGAUGGGUUUUAUUCAUAUGACAUAUUCAUACAUGUUUUCUUACGUCAAUUAUAAGUAUAAGAACUCAAGAGUUGAUAUUAUCGGUAAUUUCAUUCCAGGUUUAAUCUUCAUGCAAUCGAUUUUCGGUUAUUUAUCAAUAACUAUUGUGUAUAAAUGGACAAAAGAUUGGAUAAAGGAUGGUAAACCAGCUCCAGGAUUAUUGAACAUGUUAAUUAAUAUGUUCUUGGCUCCAGGAAAAGUAGAAGAACAUUUAUACUCAGGUCAAGCAUUUGUUCAGACAGUCCUAUUACUUGCUGCUUUGGUCUGUGUACCUUGGUUACUAUUAUACAAACCUUUGACUCUAAAAAAGCAGCAUGCCAUGGCAACCAGUCAAGGGUAUCAAAACGUUCAACAGCAAAGAUAUAAUGAAUCUUUGAUGGAAACACAAUCCACCUUCGAGGAAGAUGAAGUUAUUAUCACAGAUUCUAAUGAGGAAGACCAUUCGGACUUUAAUUUUGGCGAUAUUAUGAUUCACCAAGUUAUUCAUACAAUCGAAUUUUGUUUGAAUUGUAUUUCACAUACAGCCUCAUAUCUGAGAUUAUGGGCAUUAUCGUUAGCACACGCACAAUUAUCAAGUGUUCUGUGGGAUAUGACAAUCGCCAAUGCCUUCACAGCUUCUAAUCCCGGUUCUAUCUUAUCUGUUGCCAGGGUCGUGUUUCUAUUUGGUAUGUGGUUUAUCUUAACCGUGUGUAUCCUGGUUAUGAUGGAAGGUACAUCAGCUAUGUUACACUCCCUACGUUUACAUUGGGUUGAAGCAAUGUCGAAAUUUUUUGAAGGUGAAGGUUAUGCAUAUGAACCAUUUUCAUUUAAGAGACUAUCUGAACAGUAA